CUGUCAUAAAUCUUAAUGUUAAUUUAAUUAUAGAUCUAGACUUUGGGUCUUAAUUACUUAUCUUAUUAUUUAUUUAUAAAGUUAGACUUAACUGAAAGUAAUUUUUUCUGGAGAGAUAAAGUUUUCAUUCUUGAUAAUAUCCUUCCCAACAGACUAGGGUUGAUUGAUCGAUUGACUUGCGAUAUUUCAGUUUCGGAAGUUCAACUCCAAUACUAUUUAUAUAAAUUUUACAAGGCCUUUUAAAAUUUUUGGUCAAACCCUUUACCAUCUGCCCACGACCCUGGCCAAAAAAGAGUAGCUCUGCUGCUGCGGCUGGCUGGGCAUCGUCAACUUGGUUGGCUUUUGGCAGCGGCAGCAGCAACACCAACAGCAACAGCAGCAACAUGAGCAACUACAACCGGGCAGCAGCAACUGCGGAUUCAGCCGCAGCUCUACCUUCAGAAAAGUCUGCAGUUUCAGUCGCGCGUCGCCGCUUCGAGCGUGAGGUUGAAAUCCCAGUCAUCAGAGGUCCGAAUACCCGUUUACAACGAUUUGUGCGGCCAACGAGCAUCAGCUAAAAGCGACUGGCGACAACAUGGAAACCUAUUUGACGGAGAUCAAACAGUUGCGCAUACCACGCCCGAAAUUCGAGCCCAACAGUUGCCAUCAGCAGCACCACCAUGCGGUGACAACCACCGCGACCACGCCCAUCCAGCCGCCCCCGCCCCUGCACCACCGCCAGUGGCGGCACUUUGUGCGACCCUUUACGCCGCCACGCGAUUACCAUCUGCCCAUGGUGGCCGAGGGCUCGAUGCACGACAAGAUGUGAGGAGGUCUUACUGGCUAGGCAAACAUGCUGCCCAUACAUAACCCCAUAUACGAUACCUACAUAUAGUAUAUAGUGCUUAAGUCUAGUGUUAGUUAUAGACUAGUUGACGUACUAUAGAUACAGUUACAGAUACAAAGAAUAAAAAAUACAGAAAUUGA